GCACGGUGCAUCGUGGUCUGCGGAGCUGCUGUUUUCUAGCUCUCGGCCGGCUGAGUCACGGCCCUUCCAGGCCCGGCCUGGCGAGGACGCGCGCCCGCCGCCCCGAAGCAGCUGCCACCCGGGCCUUGGGACCUCUGCACUUGACUUUUUCCAGCGGCACAAAGCCUUUUGCCGUUGCCGUAGCGACUGGCAGCCUAGCUAAGACCGCCUUCACUUUCUAGCCCCCUCCUUUCCUAGCUCAUUCUUUGCUUAUUUUAGGGUCUGUCCGAUGACCCUAUAGGUCGGGCUUGGAGGGCGCCGGCUCUCUGGCAACAGACUGCCCUCCGCUGGGCGCUGGGCGGCCGGCUGCUUCCAAGGCUGGGGCGGCCUCCGCAGUCUCCAUGGUAACGGCCCAGACGGCGUCUCCGCCUCGGGGGGAAGAUGAGGCCUGCCUGGCCCGCCGCCACGCCCCCGGCCUCAUGGCCGGGCCGGGGCCACUGAGGAGGAAGAUCCUGGCCGCCGGACUGCGGGCCAGCGGGCACCAGUGAAAUCCCAUUCUCUGGCUGGAGACACAGAUGGCCUCAAACGAGAGAGAUGCUAUAUCGUGGUACCAAAAGAAGAUUGGAGCAUAUGAUCAGCAGAUAUGGGAAAAGUCAAUCGAACAGACUCAGAUUAAGGGCUUCAAAAACAAACCAAAAAAGAUGGGUCACAUAAAGGCAGACUUGAUUGAUGUUGACUUAAUCAGAGGCUCAACAUUUGCCAAAGCCAAACCUGAAAUUCCGUGGACAUCUCUGACUCGGAAGGGGCUUGUUCGAGUUGUAUUUUUUCCAUUUUUCAGCAAUUGGUGGAUUCAGGUUACCUCUUUAAGAAUCUUUGUUUGGCUGCUACUGCUUUACCUCAUGCAAGUUAUAGCACUCGUGUUCUAUUUUAUGAUGCCUAUUGUGAAUGUAAGUGAAGUACUUGGACCCUUGUGCCUUAUGUUACUCAUGGGAACUGUGCACUGUCAAAUUGUGUCUACUCAGAUAACAAGGCCAUUGGGAAACAAUGGAAAUCGGAGAAGAAGAAAAUUACGAAAAACUGUAAAUGGUGAUGGGAGCCGAGAAAAUGGAAAUAACUCAUCUGAUAAAGCCAGAGGAACAGAAACUUUGGAAUCUGCACCCUUUAAUGGUGGUUUCUGGGGGACUCUCUUUGGCAACAGGAUGAAAAGAGUAAAAUUAAUAUGUAGCAAAGGGACAGAGACUGACAAUGACUCAGGUUGUCUGCAUCCUAUCAUCAAGAAGAGACAGUGUCGACCAGAGAUUAGAAUGUGGCAAACAAGAGAGAAAGCAAAAUUUUCAGAUGGAGAAAAGGGAUGCAGGGAGCCGUUUGGGCAUUUGGACAAUGGGAUUUCAGAUGAUCUGUCGAGUGAGGAUGAUGGUGAAGCCUGGACACAGAUGAUGACGCUGCGGAGGAGUGUGGAAGGGGCCUCAAGUGACAAUGGCUGUGAAGUUAAGAAUAGGAAAUCAAUACUUUCAAGGCACCUAAACACUCAGGUGAAGAAGACCACUUCCAAGUGGUGUCCUGUUGUGCGGGAUUCAGACAGUCUGGCUGAAUCAGAGUUUGAAUCGGCAGGCUUCAGUCAGGGCUGUAGAUCUGGCAUGAGUGGUGGCUCUCGAAGCCUCAACAUGUUAAGAAGAGACUCGGAGAGCACCCGUCAUGACUCGGAGACAGAGGAUAUGUUAUGGGAUGACCUGCUGCACGGCCCCGAGUGCCGGUCGUCUGUCACCAGCGACAGUGAGGGGGACCACGUGAACUCCCUUCACUCAGGGACCAAACGUGACCCCAAAGAGGAUGUUUUUCAGCAGAGAGGGAAGCAACCUUGGAGAUCAUGUAAUCCUACCUCCCAUCAUUAUAGGAGACACUUAGCCUCUCUCCAGAACCAUUUAUUCUGGCUUCAGAACUCAAGUCCUGCCUCUGAUCGAGUUAGUGCAAUAAUCUGGGAAGGGAAUGAGUGCAAAAAGAUGGAUAUGUCUGUGUUGGAAAUAAGUGGUAUCAUCAUGAGCAGGGUUAAUGCGUAUCAGCAAGGAGUAGGUUAUCAGAUGCUGGGAAAUGUCGUCACCAUCGGAUUAGCAUUUUUCCCUUUUUUACAUCGACUGUUCCGAGAGAAGAGCCUUGACCAGCUAAAGUCCAUCUCAGCUGAGGAGAUCUUGACUCUCUUUUGCGGGGCACCACCUGUUACACCCAUUAUUAUUUUGUCUAUAAUUAAUUUUUUUGAACGACUGUGUCUUACUUGGAUGUUUUUUUUCAUGAUGUGUGUGGCGGAGAGAACAUACAAACAGAGAUUUUUAUUUGCAAAACUCUUCAGCCAUAUUACUUCUGCCAGGAAAGCUAGGAAAUAUGAAAUACCUCAUUUCAGACUUAAAAAGGUGGAGAACAUUAAGAUAUGGUUAUCACUGCGUUCCUUUCUAAAGAGACGGGGCCCGCAGCGAUCAGUGGAUGUGGUUGUGUCUUCUGUCUUCCUACUGACACUUUCCAUUGCUUUCAUUUGUUGUGCCCAGGUCUUUGUUGCUGCGUGUGGGCUUUCUCUAGUUGCGGUUCUCCGGGGACAUAAAACUUUCCUAAAUGAUGCUUAUAAUUGGGAGUUUUUGAUCUGGGAAUCAGCUUUACUACUUUUCUUACUGCGCUUAGCCUCACUGGGGUCUGAAACCAAUAAGAAAUACAGCAAUGUCUCAAUAUUACUUACUGAACAGAUUAAUUUAUAUCUUAAAAUGGAAAAAAAGCCGAAUAAGAAAGAACAGCUUACUCUAGUAAACAAUGUAUUAAAGCUAUCCACCAAGUUGUUGAAAGAGCUGGACACACCAUUUAGACUCUAUGGACUGACAAUGAAUCCCUUGAUCUACAAUAUCACACGAGUAGUUAUUCUUUCUGCUGUCUCAGGUGUUAUAAGUGAUCUUCUAGGAUUUAAUAUAAGAUUGUGGAAAAUUAAGUCAUAAGCUGAGUCAUGUGCCCGGACUUUCUCCCCUUGCUGGCAUCAGUGCUUAACCCAUUAAGGAAAGAAAUGACUGCAAACCCAUGAGACACCCACCUGCUUGUUCACACGGAGAGGUGCCCUCAGCUCUACCCAAUCUAACGAAUGGUGUUUUCAGAGGAACAGAGCCUUUUCCAACUGGGUGUGCAUGCUAAAAACCUGUAUUUUCAUGGUUUUCAAAUAGUAUGAAUAGUCAGGAGACUGAAGGCUGUUGUGUUAUAGUAACUUAAGGACAACUUUUUAAGUUAGGAAAUUUAUUCUGGGCAUUUCAGUGUUGUGACAGUUAUAUAUAUUGGAAAUAGUCUUUUGGGUAACUAUGGCAGAUGCCCAAAGCAUGAAGCAAAAUCCUUUAUUGGAAAUAUGUAAAUUCAGUACUUUUCUAUUACAGUCUAUAGAAUUGGAGAUUUCAUUUCUCUAGCAAAGAGAGAUCAAGUUUAAACUGUUUUAGGUUGAACCUGAAUAAAAUAACUUUAUUGGAGAA